AUGGAAGAUGUAGCUCGACAAAAAAAGACCUCUGUCAGAUCUGACAUUUCGAAAAUUAGUAGCGCAACGUCGAAACUUCACGAAGCAAAGCUGGCAGCGACGAAAGCAUCAUUGAUCAAAAGACAAACUGAAAGUAGAAAGAAAAGAGCUCUUCAACUUGAAUUGGCGAAAAUGGACAUGGAGAUUAAACGUAAGGAAUUUGAAUAUAAUCAACGUCCUGAGCUUGCGCAUAUUGAGAUGGAAAGCGAAGUUGUAACCGCACGAGAUAACACAGAACUGGCAGAACUUGAAGCUCGAAUAGCAGAACAAGAAGUUUCCGAGUUAGCGAAGCACAAAGAGAAAGACAAGGAGAGCAACCGUACAUGUUCUACCCCAUUAAUAUCCUCAUCUUCGAAUUCAUACCAGGAACGCAAUUCAACCCAUCCAGCUACAGCUGAUCAUAUCCCUCCCACUGGACAAUCAAAUGUACCAAAGGAAACGUCACCAUUAAGAGACAACCCAAACGCUAAUCGUGCGACAAGUAUCCUUCAUGGAGGUCAAGAAGAUGUUACUAGGGUUGGGCGAUAUUAAAAAAAUCAACUCACGAUUAUUGUCGAGGAAAUUAUCACGAUAUUCGAUAAUAUCGCGAUAAACGCAAUAAAAACAAUGACCACAUUUUUCAAUUUUAAUUAAUAUCAAAGCAUAGUGAGCUUAUAUAUAAUCCUUAUUAAAAACAAGCAAAACAACAAAUUAAAGUAAUAUGAAGGCUUUUCUAGUCUAAUAUUUACUGUUCAUAAACCAAAACUGUCUAUGCAUUGUCUACAGUGUCUCCGCAGACACAAAUGCCAUGGGCACACAGCGCAAGCAAAGCUUGCAUGCAAUUUCAUUCUUCAGCAGCUUACUAACUUAGCUUACUAACUUACCAAGACUUACUAACGUACCAAGGCUUACUAACUUACCAUGCAUAGAGCCGCUGCGCAGGCUAACCAUGCAAGACUUACUAACUUACCAAAGCUUACUAACUUACCAAUGAUUACUAGAUUACCAAGUAUUACUAGUUUACUAAGGAUUACUAGAUUACCAGUGAUAAGUAGGGAUUAUUAGGAUGUAUAAAAGUUAGAAUGGUAUAUUGGUGACCGUAACACCAGGAAUUAACCAAUAUAUAAAGAAUAAUACAUGGGUGCUUGGAAAUACCAGAUUUAUUUCUCGUGUUGAACAGGAUAUCUCACUCGUUCGCUGCGCUCACUCGUGAGAUAUCAUGUUCAACACUCGAAAUAAAUCUGGUAUUUCCAAGCACCCAUGUAUUUUUCUGUUUAUUAUGUAUAUAAAGGCCAGUCUUUGAAAAGCGAUAAUUUUUACAGAAAAGCAAUAAUUGAAAAGCGAUAAUUUUCACAUGUGAGAUUAUCAUGAAUAAUCUCACAUAGAUUAUCAUGAAUAAUCUCACAUGUGAGAUUAUCACUUUUAUCAGUGCUCGAAAUCUCUGUAAAACACCGAUACAUUAUAUAAUAAAUCGUAUUAAUUUGUUUAAAAACUACAUUUUCUAGAAAUUGAAGGAAUUUUUUAGGAUUUUUAUAAAAGCUAUAUACACAUACAAAGCGAUAUCACGAUAGUCCACAAGCAUGACGAUAAUUUCGAUAUAUCGUCGCUCAAGUUUCUACCUUCGAUACGAUAAUCGUGAUUGAAAAUAUUGCGAUAAAUCAAAAUAUCGAAAUAUCGCCCAACCCUAGAUGUUACUGUUCCUCAACCUACUGGUUCCACCCCAUUCGUUCAAAAUUCAGUUCUCUGGUAACAACAAUCGAAAAGAUUGGUAUUUCUCACGAUUUUCCUACAAUUCAAAUAAUGAAAUUUGAUGGUUCUCCACAGAACUUUGCAGUAUUUCGGCAAAGAUUUGAGCAGUUGGUCCAGUCGAAGCCGCUUGACAAAUCGACGAAAAUGUCAUGUUUGUUACAACUUCUCGAUGGUGCGCCGUUAAACGCUGUAAAGAGAUACAAGAUGAUUCCUGGUGGUUUGACGCAGGCGAUGAAACUGCUCGAGGAUCGAUUUGGUAGACCAUGUCAAAUAGUACGCGCAUGUGUAGACUCUCUGACCAAAGGACCAAUGAUCGCACCUAACGACAAGCAAGGUUUGCGGAAAUACGCUGACGACGCGCAAGUGAUGUAUGAUACUCUAAAUUCAAUGAAUUGUCUCGGUGAGAUGAAUGCUGAUAACCUCGAGAAGAUGACCCUCAGAUUACCAAGGUGGGUGCAAGGCAAAUUUGCGGAAUAUUUGAAGAAAAUCGAGCGAGGCAGUUCAACGAUGCCGACAUUUCAUAACAUAGUUGACUUCCUGAAAGAUCGUGCAGAUGUUGCAAAUCACCCUUUAGUAAUCGAGAUGAGAAAGUUUUCGGAGGUGGUCAAAGACACAGUAGUGAAAGACGAACUAUCCUUACAGCUCGAAGUAAUAAUCGUGAUGAUGUUUCAAAGGAACAAUUGUGUCCAAUGUGCAACAAUCUUCACCCGUUGUAUCGUUGCGAAGUUUUCAAGUCGAAGUCUCCAGAAGAGCGAGGCGAGUUUGUUAAGCACAACAGAAUCUGCUUCAAUUGUAUCAACUCAAAGGAACAUAUCUCAUGA